CGAACAUUGAAAGUAAUACAAGGAAACAGAAUGAAUUUCUAGACUGAUUACAAGAUGGUGCAAGUGAGCUUUCAAUUCAUAUCGGGCGGCCAUCUGCGCCUUCGAUGGUUGCUGCCACAGAAACAGCAAGUGAACUGGAAGAGGAAUGAUCGGAAUACAGACUGGCGACGCAAGUGGAUCCGCUACCGUAACAGCAAGGCAGAACCAUCUGUAAACGUAGACGAGGACUCGGGUAUGGUGAAAGAUGGAUAUGGGGCGGAAGCGGUACGCCGCUUAAUGCUUUUUUAGAAGCACGCUACUCUCAAAUGACAUAAGAUUGAAAACGUAUAACUUGCAAGUUUUCAAUAUUUGCAUUCUUACCACAAUCUUUCCCUUAAGCCUUUCGAAAGUCCUCAUGCGUCCUUGCUCCUAAAUUCUUUGUAGGUAAUCAUGAUGCAGAUGAUGCUGAAAAACGAUGGUAAGGAUGAAGCUCUCAGAACGCAUCUGGUGAGUACGGUUCUGCGCUUCAUCAAAGUGAACCCAGACGACGUUGUGCAUAAUGGACAGGAAGUUGCUGAUAAGUUCGAGAAAUAUUUCUUUGGCAAGAACGGAGACGAGAUUACAGGCUUUUUUCAAAAGGUGCGACCUUACCUUGAUCCCAAUAGUUUCCGAUGGAUUUCACUCUAG